AUGGGCAUUCAUAGCGUGACCCUAGCCGGCACGAGCAGUCGGGACGGUAUGGACGAAUCCGCCCUGCUUCACUUGGAGAGCCUUCACCGGCUGGGAGUCGCCGUCUUCGUGGUCUGGGAACCGCUUUCGACGGCGCAUAAAGACAGGUUUACUCUGCAGCUACGCGCCUCGUUUGUUACGUGUCGUGAAAGUUGUUGUUUUUGGCAGAUCGAGACAAUCCUCAUUUUUACAUCUGCGGAUGACAUUCUCGCCCGGCCCAGUGAUAAUAAUCCAUGGGAGCACACACGCAGAGCCCAGUCCAACAAUCAGAACAAGACAAGAGUCAAUGGAAUCCCAAGUCCUACCACCGCCGCCAUAGCAAAAUUCCACACCAUCCCAGCCGAUGAUCCAGAACAGGAACCGGCGCGCCGGACGACCGCAACGGACGCGGUGUCCGAGACGCUUGCGGAGCUGCUCUUCAUCCGGAAGGAGCAGAUUAACAUCAGGCGGACCUGA